CGGGCCUGUGCGGGGCAGUGAUCCACGGACCAGCUCCGGCCACAGCCCCCAGGUCCCAGGGCAUGGCCCUCGACGCCGGGGUCCCGCGGAGGGUGGGCGUGCUGGGCUUCGGCCGCCUCGGUCAGUCCCUUGUGUCCCAGUUGCUGGCUCAGGGACCGGAGCUGGGCCUAGAACUUGUUUUUGUCUGGAACCGUGACCCGGGGCGGAUGGCAGGGAGCGUGCCCCCUCCCCUGCAGCUCCAGAGCCUGGCCGCCCUUGGGGAAAGGCACCCUGAUCUUGUGGUAGAAGUGGCCCAUCCCAAAAUAAUCCACGACCACGGGGUGCAAAUCCUGUGCCACGCCGAUCUCCUGGUGGGGUCACCCUCGGCGCUGGCUGACCCGACCACCGAGCGGCAGCUCCGGGAGGCCUCGCAGCGCUGGAACCACGCUGUGUUUGUGGCUCGAGGGGCCCUGUGGGGCGCUGAGGACAUCAAGAGGCUGGACGCGGCCGGAGGCCUCCAGAGCCUCCGUGUCACUAUGGCCACGCACCCGGAUGGCUUCCGGCUGGAGGGACCCCUGGCUGCCGCCGCCCACAGCACUGGGCCCCGCUCGGUCCUCUACGAAGGCCCCGUCCGUGGACUCUGCCCCUUUGCCCCGCGCAACUCCAACACCAUGGCGGCCGCUGCCCUGGCUGCCCCCAGCCUGGGUUUCGACGGCGUGAUCGGGGUGCUGGUGGCCGAUCUCAGCCUCGCGGACAUGCACGUCGUGGACGUGGAGCUGUGCGGACCCCCGGGGCCCACGGGCCGGCGCUUCGCCGUGCACACCCACAGAGAGAACCCUGCAGAGCCGGGCGCCGUCACGGGCUCGGCCACCGUCGCCGCUUUUUGGCGCAGCCUCCUGGGCUGCCGCCAGCUGCCCCCCGGGCCCGGGAUCCACCUCUGCUGAGAAGCCUCCGCCCACCCGGCCGGACCCCUCGGCGGGCGGACCCUCCCCGCCCCGGCCACCCGGCCGGACCCCUCGGCGGGCGGACCCUCC